CAGCCGGCCGGCAGCCGAAUUUUAACGAUGUCACACUCGGCUAUAUUCGUUGCGACGCCGUGUAGCACUUAGCGCGUAGGUAUAUUAUUGUGUGGCUACUCUGAAGUCUGAACAGUGAACUGUGUCGCUAGCGGGAUCUACUUGUUCCAAAGAAAAUGGCAGAUGUAACUAAAGAAGAUCUUGAAAAGGAAAUUUCAAAAAUUCUUCAAGAUGCAAACUUAGCAGAAAUUGCAACUAAGAAUGUCGUACAGAAAUUGGAAGAUAAGUUUGGCACAGAUUUGAGUGACAAGAAAAAGCUGAUAGAUCAGCUUGUGAUGGACUAUGUUAACAGCAAGGAAUCGGAUAAUGAGGAUGAAGAUGACGAGAGCGAGGAAGAAAAGAAACCAGUGAAGCGAGCUGCAAAAACAAAGAGAGCGCCCAAGGAGAGCUCUGAUGAGGAAGAAGAGGACGGGUCUAAUGAGAGUGAAUCCGAGGAAGAGAAAAAGCCAGCUAAGAAGGGAAAGAAGAAGGCUGAUGUUGACGAAGACAGAAAGCCGGCAAAGCGCGCUGCCCCGCCUUCCAAAGCCUCCUUGAAAAAAGUUCGCAAGGAUUCCUCCGACGAAGAUGAAGACGUAUCAAACAAUAGCGAUUCUGAAGAGGACAGAAAGCCAGCGAAGAAAGGUAGAAAGAAGAAGGGCUCCGAAGAUUCGGACAGUGACUGGGGAAAGAAGGAAAGGGCGGCUAAAGCAAAGAAGGGCGGCGCAAAGGCGGGGGGCAAGGCAAAAGGCGGUAAGGGUGGUGGAUAUACACGGCCGUUACGGCUGUCUCCCGCACUGUCUGAACUGAUGGGUGCGGAGUCGAUGCCGCGCCACGAGGUGGUCAAACAAGUGUGGAACAUUAUCAAGACGAAGAACUUGUACGACCCCAACAACAAACAGUUCGCCAUCUGUGACGACGCGCUCUACAAGGUAAUUGGCACGAAGCGAUUCAGAACAUUUGGCAUGAUGAAGUAUCUGAAGACACAUUUCCUAGACUAGGUGACAUUAUGAACACGUGGGUCCAGACAUGUUGUAUAUGAAACGUUUGACUGACAUUCAAUGCGAUACUACAGUGUAAGUUUGAGGUUAUAUUAAUAAGCAAUGGAGGCCUGUUUUUACUAUUUUAGGUCACAUGUCAAUUAAAUAUUCUUAUAGUGGUAUUUAAGAAAACAUUUGUUGGAAAUGCGUUCGAAAACAGUUUGGCUAAGCGUAUGCUGAGACGCAGACGACGCAGGUCCACACAGAGCAGCAGAUUUUGUAACAUAUUUACGUACUAAGUGCUACGUAUACUGUGGCGGAGUCACGUACGGCCCAGAAAUGCGUCUGUCCUGCUCUACGUCUCGUUGUAGCGCCGGCACAGAUUUCUGCGCGCUAAUUCUUAAUUUUGAUGCAAUUGCAAAUCAUUUCAUUGAAUUAGACUUUAAAAAUAGUAUAUUACGCACUUAGGGAGAAAAGUAGGCCAUUAUUUCCAGCGGGUGGCAAUGUCCUACUUAUCUGACGUGGUGCGUAUACGACUUUUUUCCCACCUGGGUGAAUAUCUGGCUUUUAGUCCCUGGUACGAGGGACAAAAGUCGUCUUGCCGGUAUAGAAUCGGCCACCCGUCUCCAGUACCAGGGACCAAAAGACAGCUUUUUAAUGGAGGUGGGAAAAAAAUAUAUUCAAAGAGGAGGCUUCGUAAUGCGUAAUUAAUUAUUGAAAUUAAAUGAUUUUCAUAUUAUGUAUGUUGAAUAAAAAAACUUACAAGCGACUUCUUGCAAAAGCAUCAGCUUACAAAGAAACCGCCCCUGGUGUAUUUAAAUAAUUUUUAAAAGUGAUCCGUACUGUAAAAGCAUAUCUCGCUCACCUCAUCCUAAUUCUAUGUACUGAAUUUACUUCUCAACUAGAAUACGUAUAUUAAUAUAAUAAUACGUAUAAGCUUACGCUUAACCUUAAGGUUUCAAUAAAUUUAAAUCUGACAGGGAAAGUAAAAAAUAAAAAAUUGUGUAGUUUUGGUGAAAACAGGCCUAAGUAAGUAGCCUAAACCUAUUUACGUAAAUAAGUACGUAUUAUAAUUGUAUUUAAUUUAGUUUUAAUCGAUUUUUAGUCAAGUAUUUGACCAAAAUAAUAAUUAAAUAAUAUAAUUCUAUGUAAGUGUUCAACCAUACUGCAGUGCAGGUACUUUAUUUUUACUAUACAUCAAAGCGAAUUUAAACACUACGUUUAUUUCAUAACAUAAAUUGAUGCCUUUAUUGAUGGAAAGAUUAUAUAUCAAUUUGUGGUCAUCAAUCACUGAUAUUAUUCAAUUAUUAUUGUGAGUUUCGUUGAUAAUCAACAGGCAAUAAUGUAUUCCAUAAAUCAUUCCAAAUACUAAGUCCCAUUUGACAGAUGUCAAUUUGACAGUCGCGUGAAGACACCCUGGCAAUAUCUAGGAUUAGUAAGGCAGAGCUUAAUCUGUAAUAAAUAAACAUAUACUAUAAUUAUAGGAUUCUAUAACCAAAAGGUAGCCACAACUCUAAAGCCGUUUUUAGACUUUUCGUCUGAUUUUCGGUUUGUCUGUGCACGCUCGUCUUAAAUAGGGCUAAACCAAAAUUGCGUUCAUUUCAUUGCUAUUAUCUGAACGCAAUUAAACUUUUUGAAAAGUGCGCGGUUAAAGACACGGGUGACCGAUUGUUUUUAUUAAAAAAAAUUGUUAAGCAAUCUGUCAAAUGGAAUUUCGUAUGGAAUGGAUUGUAGACAUAACAUAAACUGAAAUUUUGGGUGACAAACCUGACUGUUGACUGGGCUGUAUGGCGUACAAGUAUCUUUCUCGUCAUAAAGGAUGUUGAUUAAAAUGUUUGUCAUGUGUAAAUAUAUUGUGCAUGACAUAGUAUGUUUAAAUAUUUUUUUUUUAUAUAUUUUUUUACAAAUAUUUUUUAACUAUACAAUCUAUCGUUUUGUAGGUAUUCGCCCAAAACUGAAUUUGUAUUUAUUUCGAUGCGAUUAAGUAAUUAAUUAUUUUAAGUUAAAUGUUCCUUAUUUACAAUAAAACAUAUUAUGUUCCUUUUAGUCAUAUUAUUAUUUAUUCAAUCAUAAAUUUGCCUAAAAAAGAAGUAAGAAUGAAAUGACAUGAAUUAAAAUAUAUAUAAGUAGAUACGUCGACCACUUAUUAAAUUAUAAAUAUAUUAUUAUAAUACACCAUUAAAGUGAUCUCAAAAUUUUUAUUUUUCAAAUCAACACUUAAUUUUAAUGAAAUCUAACUUCUAAUAAUUUAUAUUAAGAAUGUUUAUUUUUCUUGAUUAUAAAUCUUUUUGAAGUGAAAAAUUUCUUUAGUGGCGUUGAGCAGCACUUUUGUUGGGAUGGGUAUUAAACGUUAAACUCGCGUCAGGGCACGUGGCCUGAUCUAAGAUUCGUAAGGCAGUCGUUGAAAUUAUGGAUGAAUAUUGAUUUUUCUGAGAGAUUAACUUUUUAAUGUAAAAUAAUUGUAAUAGUUCUGAAGUGUUAAAUUUUUUAUGUGAUAUAAAUAAUUUAUACUGACAAUUAUUGUCAGUUUAUGUGUAUGAUAGCGCAAUAAAUGAAUAUUGCAUUUAACCAUUUAUGUGGCUAGUACUUUUAUACUGAUAAAGAAAGCAAUUCGGGCGAAAUUAUUCCCUAACCAUUCCAAAAUAUUCAAAAAUGCACAACGUUUACUGUUCAAGUUUUCACUUCUGUCGGCACUCCCGGAGUGCAACCCGUUAUUUUUUUUAAUAAUUCUAAAUCGCAGCUCAAGGUUUAAUAAUAUAAAUAAAUGUGUGUGUAAAAAUAAGAAUAAACUUGAUGUAACGUACAAUUGAUAAGGUUUGAAAAUAAAAUCGUUGUGGCAGCGUC